CCGGAUGUACUAACGUCAUUUAAACUCGCCGAUGGCGGUAAACUUUCGUUCAUCAACAGAAGAGAGCAGACGCCGAUCAUAUUCCAGCUGUGGAGCACUGAGAGUGAGUGAGGCCUGAGCAAUGCGUCCAGCUGUGGUAACUGCUGUCUUGCUGUUGGUGAGCAUCCUGGACACUGUGACAGCCAAGCCUGAUUAUCCCAACUUUUGUAAACGUUUCUUAUUUCCGCCAUGUGGUGAGGGAGGGAGUCGCAUUGCUGUCGAUCGCUGCGUUACAUUCAUGAGGACUAAAAAAAAUUUCAAUGAUUCACAGGCACACUGUCUCUCCUUAAAAAGCGAUCUGGUGUCUCUACACAGUGAUUACGAAGUGAACUUCAUGACUUGUUUGACCUGGUAUUCUGCUAAUCUUUCCAAGAAAUUUUGGAUUGGAGCCAAAAGAUCAGGGGGUGUGUUUGGAUUCACUGAUGGCUCUAAAUUCAACUAUAAUGCAUGGCAACCUGGGGAGCCAAGCAACUCUGGACAAGACAACUGCGUCGAGUCAGACUCCAAUGGUAAGGAAAAAUAGAUGAGUAGCGAGCAU